GGGACGGGCGGGGACAGGGAGGGACCCCGCCCAGCCCGCCGCUGCUCAGACCGCGCCGCGCCGCUCCGCGCCCACAGCCCGCGCGCCGCGCUGCACGCCGACAUGGCCAAAAUGUCCAGCCCCACGGAGACGGAGCGCUGCAUCGAGUCCCUGAUCGCCGUCUUCCAGAAGUACGCUGGACGGGACGGGAACAGGAACAGUCUCUCCAAGACCGAGUUCCUGACCUUCAUGAACACGGAGCUGGCUGCCUUCACCAAGAACCAGAAGGACCCCGGUGUCCUUGACCGCAUGAUGAAGAAAUUGGACACCAACUGUGACGGGCAGCUAGAUUUCCAAGAAUUUCUUAAUCUUGUCGGCGGCUUGGCGGUCGCCUGCCAUGACUCCUUUACCCGCUCCCAGAAGUAGGUCUGAGGAGCCCUUGGAGCUGCCCUCCAGACGGACGCCAUCAUGCCACAGACCGCACGUCCCCUGAGCCCGGCGCGCCCACCACCCCACGCAGGCCACUCCGGCCGGUAGUAAUAAAAAUCACCGUUUUUUAAAACACA